GAUUCAGCAACAACGUCUACAUUCCACUAUUAAAAGGUUUAGUUGUCCUUUUACGAGUUUCCAGUGGAAAAACGUCUGACGUAAGUGAGAAUGCGGGGAACGCUUAAGGACUACAGGAACAAACUGUCAAAUCAGGGCGGCCUAUGAAAAUAAUCCUGCUUUUUUCGGCCCUUCGAGGGAAUAUAAAUCGACGCAACAGGCAGAUCUUUUCACACCAGAUCUAACCUACCUGAGGUGUACUUGAUAAGGAGUUAGAACCACGAGCCAUGGCAUCCUCUCCCAUAAUAGCGGCCUUACUAGUUCUGUUGGCCUCUAGCGGUCAGAUGAAAGCUGCAGUGAUUCAAGACCCCAAUCCAAGGCUCGGGGCAGAGAAUGAAAACUUCAAUCUUCACAUCACUGAAAAACAAGCAAGCUUUAAUGAACGAAUCGAAAUCGAUGAAGCAAACGACAUCGAAUACUUUUCAGUACCGGCGCAUAAUGACGUUCUUGCCGCUGAUUUCUUGUACGAUUUUCGAAUGAAUAUAACACUCACUCGCUUUCAAGAUGGUGGCGUUUGUUAUCUCAGCCCUUUACCGACAGAUCUGCCAAAUCCAAACGCCAUGAAAUCUGCAGUAAGACAGAUGGCCAGUCUUUCCGCGAAUCAUGACAUCACAACAGUGAGUCACAGGUGGGUGAUUGUGGGGAAAGUCGACAAGACGACUCUGCGGGAGGAAGUGAGAGAUUUCUGUGCCCAGUACCCAGUCUACCGCUUAAUGGAGUACACACCUGACUCAGUUACUGUUGUGGGGAAUCAACUGGAAAAAAGGGUCAAACGCCAAACCACCAUAGAAUUUGAUGAAUAUGAUUUGUGUGGCCGAACCCCACCUAGUGGAUGCGCGUGGACGGAUUGGAAACUGCGAUGCAAAUUUACCACUCACCAUUGCGUUUAUUACCUGAAAUGCAAGCAAAACAGCGUACAGAAAGUAAAUAUCUGCGAAGUGACGGCCAACCAUGAGAGUGGAAGGAUCAUGUGCUGUGAAGCCAGAUGUCCAUAGAUAAUUAGCCGUAGAAUGAUAAGUGAAAAGGCCGAUUUACACGAUGCGAUUUUGUUUAAUUUGCGAUACGCGAUCUACAUAUAUACGACAUGUACUCGAAUUCGUAACUGAGACAAAUCUUCGACAGAGUAUACACAGCACGAAUAUAACGUGGGUGAAUGGAUUUCAAACAUAUUUCAUCCCCUGUGACAGAUAAAGUAUUUUUUUGUUUUCAUCGUAGGCACACACAAAAAUGUUCAAUCAUAAAUAUGGCAUACGAUUUUUCAUGACGACAGGAAAACAAAAGGAAACAAUUGUACCGUGUAAAUUCGGCGUCUAUUUUUCUUCUUUUGAUUGUUAAGAUUUGAUCAGUACCAAAAUAAAUCAGUGGUCGUUUCCACAAAUUUGUAAUAACAUGAUGAAUUUCGCGUAAAAAUCUCAAAGAGUUUCAAUUAAGUGAUCGUAAAGAUAACAGAAAAAAUGUAGGCCAUUUUAAAAAAGCGUGAUGGUAGUAAACGCAGUCAAACAUCCUGUGGGCAACCACCAAAAAUAUCACCCUAAGAGAUUUAUGACUACAGAAGUUCACAGUAAAUCAGGAGAACUGAUUAUAUGAUCAUGAAGUGUUCGCUUACAAGAAAAUAUGAACAACAUUUCAACUUAGCCUGCAACCAGGUCCUCACACAGCGCGCGAUUUUCCCGCAUUUGAGGGACUAAUCAUAAUCAGUGCCAGACCCCUCGCAUACCUAUAGCCGGCUCUCGUUGUUCAAGGCCUCUUGCUUUCCCGCAAACAAACACUCCUGCAGAAGUGCUUACAAUGAGAGCCUGGUCGCAGAAUAAAUUCAACUCUCAAGAGUCUUUAUGUGAUCGUAGUCAAUGUUUACGAGAGGUUAUGGCUUAAGCUUUAAAAAUUUACAA